CUCCUCCUCCGGCUGUUUGUGUUGCUUUCCUGGUCAGCUGAGAGCGGACGGAGAGUAGACUGGAGCCUGGCUGUCAUCCACGAUGACCACCGUGUCUCACCACCCAGGAAGCCUUUGAAAUUAAAUCAGAAGACACGCCGUGGAGCCGCUUCUAGCAUCUAAAACCUCUGGCUCGGUCCCGCUGUGUGUCAAGGAGCUGACCGGCUUCGGUCGUCCGGAUCUGGGAGAUCUGCCUCCUGCAUCUCUCCUCUGUCUCUUGGAAAGCUCCCUCCUCCUCUCCUCUCUUCUUGUGGCCACUGAAAGGCCCUUUAUUUUCCACUGCUGUGCCAAAAAAGGGACCCUGACAAAAUCCACAAUCGGACCCACCUGGAUUCAAUGAGGGAGCCAGACCAGGAGGAGCAGCCUGAAGAAAACAUGCCCCCUAAGUUCAAGCGACACCUCAAUGACGAUGAGGUUACGGGAUCCAUUCGCAGCGAGAGGAGAAACCUCUUGGAGGAAGACUCUGAUGAAGAAGAAGAUUUCUUUUUGAGAGGACCCACAGGACCCCGAUUUGGACCUCAGAAUGAUAAAAUUAAGCAGGUGCAGUCGCAGGUCGAUGAGGUGAUCGAUGUGAUGCAAGAGAACAUCUCCAAGGUGAUCGAGAGAGGCGAGCGUCUCGACGACCUGCAGGACAAGUCAGAGAGUCUAUCGGACAAUGCAUCCGCCUUCAGUAGCCGAGCCAAACAGCUGCACAGGAGGAUGUGGUGGAGAGACAUGAAGAUGAAGAUGAUUAUUGCAUUGAUAGUUGUUGCUCUCCUGCUCAUCAUCAUCAUUCCAGUGAUUAUUCGGUACCACUAGUGACUGAUGAGGUGGACGGGGGAGAACCUUCCUUUGCACACUGUCCUUCGAUCCAGCUAGGGGGCGCCAGCCAGCUUCCCACUCCCCUCUUCAGUGCCAGCAGCUUCUUGUAUCUGGCCUGUUCUCACCCCUCUCAGUUCAGAUCUUAUCAUUGUUUUUCCCACAUACAUCUGAUGUGAGAUCAGUGCUAAGGCUCACUUUCAUCCCUGGCUGGAAAUGAAGGGGGAAAGAGUGGAGGGAGGUGUCUCACUGCAGAUAGGAGGAAGAUGUUUGCUAGCUGAUGUGAAGGAUUGAUCCAUUCCAUGAUACAUAUCACGUGCCGGGCUCUGGCUUUUGGUCCUUCACACUGCAUCACAUAGGUAGACUGUAAAGGCAGGGAAUCUUCACAAACUUCCUCUCGUAGUAUUUAUAGGUAAUGUGAAUCUGCUGCAGGGGUCUCGUAUAAGGAGGCCGCACCGUCCAGCAGAUGAACCUCUGAUUUCCACCUGUGAGCCCACUUUGAGAAUGUUCUAAAAGGAACACUUCAUGAAUCAAAACAUCUGAGCCUCAUCUGUCUCAUCCAGUGUUUUUUUUUCUCCUCCUUUCCAUCAAAGAAGAGCUUUGACAGAAAACUGAUUUCACUCUUCGGUUCUGUUUCCUGCUCACGACGGAUGAUCGGAAAAAGGGAACUAGAGAGGUGUUUUGUCAAUGUCCUGCUUUUAACCAUCAUUCUCCAUUCAUACAUCACCCCAGCUUGUUGUGCAGAGUCAGGUUAACAAUGUCAGACCCCAAAACACUGGUUUAUGAACGUCUCCGCACCACGCUGUACCUCUGAACUUCCUGCUCAGUGGUGUCGAGCUCUGGGUCAGUUUGGUCACGGUUGCCCUACUUUCCUACUGCACCGUCUUUCACUCUGCAGAUGUUUGAUUUAUGACUGCUUCUGUCUUUCUUUCGGUAUAUUUGGGUUUUUAUCUCAACUAUGUGAAGCUUUUCAAUAAUACUGGUGUUGCUACUGAAGGGCGGUUUAUCUCUUUGUGAUGGUGCAUUUGAAAGGGACGGUUUGCCACCUUUGGUUAGAGCCUGAGCUGUGAAACAAACAUAGGUGUAAGUUGUGUCUAGAUUCAAUCUACAUUGUUAAUUUGUUAUUUUUGAUGUAAUUUAUUUCAGCUGUAAAUACUGAUCUUCUUUUUUUUUUUUGGCUCUGAAAUAAAAUGAUUUCAAAGGGUACUUG